AUGAUUCACAUCGUUCUUGCUCUCUCAAAAGGGGAUGUUAUUCCUGACCCCAGGUACCCAGCAGAGAACCUGCUGAGUGAGGAUAGCAUAUGGCCCUGGCUUGGCUGCCCCAGCGAUCACAGCAGGCAGCUGAGUGUGGAGCUGUGACUGGAGAGAGCCAGCCCCAUUGGCUACAAUGACAUUGAUACUUCCCUCUGCGCCUUUCUGCAGUUUGACGUGGGAUGAUUCUCAUGGCCCUGUGACCAGCGCUAUCUCACCUUGCUGCCCACUGUCACACUGAUGACACCAGCUGACUCAAAGCUGGACCAGAAUCGCUGCAGGAAUUGCAACAGUCUGCAGCUCACCUGCAGCCAGCCCUUCAGUCCAUGCAGCCACUUUGGGCUCUCCUUCCUCUGCCUGCACCAACCAUAG